AUGUCUACGGACUAUGGGGCUGUCGCCGAAAAGCGAAGCCAGCGAAGGGCUCCAGAGGGUGACGCCACGUUGGAGACCAGUUCGUCGAACAUCAACCCAGCUACCAAAACUCUUCGAGUACCCCGGUCCUCCAUGACAAGACCUACUGAGACCGGUACGCCUCUUGCCGGCAGCCGUGACGGUCAACGGGCUUCCAAGGAUCGCAUGUGCGAAUCCAUCGCAAAAGAUUCCAUCACAGCCUCCAUUCCAUCCUCCCGGAGCAGGAGCUUUGAUUCGUUGCCCUAUGUCAGGACAAACCGACUGCCGCCGAUGCAGUUGAAGACUGCCCCGUCAGCUUUACGGUCAGCUUCGGCCAGCAAGCGGAAGAGGGGCAGCAGUGCCGAGUCAUCAUCCGGGCUUAGUUCGUCAGAUGAGAUCGGUGGAAGUGAAAAGGGGGCGCUUCCGCGCAUGCUUGAGAGCAAUACCAUCUACGGCGAGGCUCGGACGACUGCAGAAGCUCCUACGACCUCUCAAAGAUCUCUUGGAGUCUCCAACAUAUACUCCGAAGUGUCACAAACCCAAAGCCGACGGAACCGGCCUAGUAUGCUUCGCACACGAGUAGCGCACAGUCCCAUUGUCUUGAGCUCUUCCGGUUACGACGUAGACGGUAACGAAGAUGGUGCGUAUAACAUUGGGAGUACAUCGCAGGUGACUCCUCUCAAUAGGCAAAGCCACCGCACUAUCAUACCCGCCGAUAGAGCAUACCUCAAGAAUGCAAAUCUACCAUCAAUCACUGGUGGGGUCGACCACCAAAAGAUGGCGCCUGACCAACAGCGAGGGAAGACGAACUGCGAAGAGCGCCGACUCCAGUUGUGCGCAACCUUCAACUCCGCCAAGUUCGACGCAAUGAUAUAUGGACAGGCCGAAGCUACAAGCCCUCCUGAGGGGGUCUUUGUACCGGUAGCCCCGAGCAACAUGUUGACAAACGUCCAAUUCUCUGGAGAAAGCCGCGAGCAACUCUACAUGAGGCUCGAUCCUCGUAUCCAUUGGCCGCACAAUCGCUCUGAUCAUUGGUACAGAGCCAAGAUGGAAGAAAUCAAGUCCCGCGGUGGACGUAAGGCCAACUUUGGCAGAGCAGCCCAACGCAUGAGGCAGCAGAGAUUGGAGACGGAGCGACUCGAUAAGGAAGAAAAACGUGCCGCCGAACAGGGCUUGCCAGUUCUACAUAAUAAGCCACCUCAACCAUGGUCGCACCACAGACCCAUGGAUUUUGGAGACGUUCCUGAGGAGGAGCUGCCGGCGUAUGUCCGCAAGAAUCCGGAAUGGUUGCAGGCAACGGCGUGGAUGCGAGAAAAUCGCGAGAAGAACCUGCACAGGAAUAAGGAAGCGGCCGCACUUCGUGCCGCCUGUCUGCCCUGUGAUCAUCUCUUCCCUCGGAGCGGUCGUUGA